AUGAAAAGAUUUACAUUUUCCUUAGCUAGGAUAACGACAAAUGAAAAUUUAAUAUUUUUAAUUUUAGCAGAUAUUCGGGGAUCGUUUCAUUAUCAGGUGCCUACAACAUGGGAUAAAUCAAGAAAAAAUAAAAUACGUUUUGAGUUAUCGAAUACAGCAGAUGAAUAUAAAUCAAUCGUAACUAAUUUCAAUCGGCCUAUGAAAGGAAAAUAUACAAAAAUAAUACGAAUAGAACGCAUUCAAAAUGAACGAUGGUAUAUUCAAUAUUUAGCACAUAGUCGAAAUUUCAAAAUAAGUCUCGAUAAAGAUACUGAAAAAUGUUUAUAUCACGGUUGUCCUGAAGAGGCAGCUAAAGAAAUCGUGAAAGGUUGUUUCAAUCGGAGUUUUGCAGGAGAGAAUGGUAAAUUUAUGUCCCAUUUGGCCCAUUUUUGUAUUGAUAGCAAUUUAUCUUUAGGAACACUAUAUGGUGUUGGUGUUUAUUUUUCAUCAAAUGCAGCUUAUAGUCACAAUUAUACAAAACCAAACGUCAACGGAGAGCGAAGUAUGUUCUUGGCGCGAGUUCUAGUUGGAAAUACAACUAUAGGUAACAGUUCAAUGAAGACUUGCCCCGCUGGAUUCGAUUCAACUACUGAUGGCAAUCAUAUUUUUGUCACUUAUCAUGAUGCUCAAGCUUAUGCUGAAUACUUAAUUACUUAUAAAUAG